CAUUUGAAUUGAAAGAUGAGCUUAUUGUCUGCCAUAGACACGAGUGCCUCCGUGUACCAGCCUGCGCAACUUCUCAACUGGGUCUAUCUCUCCUUACAAGACCCCCACCAGACCAGCGCAUUUGACGCAUUCAGACCCGAACCCAACUCUUCCCACCCGGAUCUCAGUUUGAGCAAGACUCCCGCAGCGGCGGACUUGAGCUCUUCCUUGAACUCCAACUAUCUCAACAACUUCUUUCAGCUGCAGCGGAAUGAGGCCUUAAACAACAACCUGUAUAAGAAUGUGUCACCCUAUGGCUCCCUGAACAACAUUGUGGAUGGACUCAAUUCCCUGACGGACCAUUUCUCAGACCUUUCACUUUCUUCAGAACCAAGAAAACCCAACAAAAGACCCCCACCCAACUACCUGUGCCACCUGUGCUUCAACAAGGGCCAUUACAUCAAAGACUGCCCACAGGCUAGACCCAAAGGUGAAGGGCUGACACCCUACCAGGGAAAGAAGAGAUGCUUUGGAGAGUACAAGUGCCCCAAGUGUAAGAGGAAGUGGAUGAGUGGCAACUCCUGGGCCAACAUGGGACAAGAAUGUAUCAAAUGCCACAUCAAUGUCUAUCCACACAAACAGCGCCCUUUAGAGAAGCCGGAUGGCCUGGAUGUUUCUGACCAGAGUAAGGAGCACCCACAGCACCUGUGCGAGAAAUGUAAAGUCCUGGGCUACUACUGCCGCCGUGUGCAAUAACCUUCUUUAUUCAGUCAGAGAGCAACUUUUGUUGUUUUUGUUUGGUUAACUACAGUUUUUUUUAGACAGUAUUGAAGAUUACAUCCAGGAAUUAGAGGAAUGUGUUAAUUUAGGAUCAGUCUGUAGCUCAUAAAGUGCUCUUCAUCAUAAGCAAAGGCAAAUGUGACUUCUUUAUGCCUCACCUAUCAGAAACCACAUAACUCCACUGAUCCAACAACAACAGUAAAUCACUGCAUUGAUGAUUUAGCACCAGGCAGUAUUGGUGUCAAUAGAUUACCUCACCUUGGGCUUUGUUGGCUUUCCGUGUUUCAUUUUCCAGCCAAGCGAAGUGUGUGGUAAUGUGAUGAACGUUUAACCCGCGCCUUCAUGACGAUAUAAUGUAUGGGAGGUCUUUGAUUUCUUGCCGUAUUAGGGUCAACGGCACAUCUUAUUAACUGUGAAUUAACUGAGGGAUAAUGUGCCAUACAUCCCUAGCUUACAUUUGGCCUAUUUAUUUUCUUGUCUAGUGUGCAAUUUAACUAUAACUGGGACAUUUAAAAAUGCUUUUUUUGUAUGUUUGUAUAGUACAUUAAUGUGUAACUGCUUCCACGUGUCUGAAACUACUGUAGGUUCAGUUGCGUUACUUGCUCCUCGUCUAGAUUUAGUCUUGCUAACAGAUAAGGUUUCAUUCACCCUCCCUAGAGUAUUUUAGUUGCCAUACAAAUCCUCGGUUACCAACAGUGUUAGGUAGAUGCAGAUGUAAGAUUAAGUCAUCCACACAGUUGCUUGCCAGUGUCAAAUAUUCAACACUUUGAUUAGCAUUAUAAAAUAUUUUCUACAUAUUAGGGGUUAAAUUGUAAAGCCUGGUUAUAUUUUAACUGCAAAUUAGGAAAUUACAAAAGGAGAAGUUUGUUUAAAAAGGGAUUCAUGGUGAUACACAUCAUAUUUUAGUGUCAUUUGAUGCCUGGUGGAGUCAGUGAACUUAAACUGGAAGCUUUUCCAAGACCUCGCACCCUUCAAAAGUAUGUCCAAUAGCUAACUGCAGUGUCAAGACUGAGGUGAAAGAUUUUCAAGUUGGCUGAGAGAAACAAUGAUUUGUGAUGUGAUGCUGAAGAUUCAAGGAAAUAUUGAACGUGUUGAUGAAAUACUGUAAGUUUACACUCAGAUUCAAGUUAUGGGGCCUACUUUUAUAAGCCAGCGUCUUUAAAGUAAGAGAAGUACACAUCCUGUUUACAUACUGUAUAUCAAGGCGCAGACCUAAAGUACUACAGAUGAAAUAAUGUAGUUUUGACUUAUAGAAACCUGCCUCUCAAGAAACCUUGUUAUAGGAAUUGUGAACUAUUUUAUAUGUACUGUAUUUCUAGCCUUACAAAAGGAGGUUGACUAUAUUUUAUACUGUAACAUAUUAUAUUGUGCCUUAAAAAGAUUGAAGUCAAGACGAUGAGGCCAUUUAAAGUUAGGAAAAGACUUGGGUACAGGCUCAGAGUUGGAGAAGUAUUCGUGCACGUGGGAUCUCUGAUGCAUAGUAAGUUUAAUGUAGGUUGAUAAAGGAUAAAAACCGAUAGUUUCUCUUUUAUCAGUUUGAACUGGCAUGGUGGGUGUUCACGUCAACACAGUUUGCUGACUUGGAGGCACUGGCUGAACCAGCAUUUGCAGCUGGCACCAGCAAUCAUCCUGUGGUCUGUUGUCAUGAAAUAUCAACAAAGAUGUUAUUUCUUAGUUGAUUCUAACAACAGAAUGGAGGCGCAGAUGAAACUGUGGAUCUCACUCUGUUUUUUAUGUAUUGUACUUAUGUUUAUCCAAGGAACCGUGGUUUUUGUCAAAAAAUACACAUGGUCACUUGCCUCAGUGGGAGAGUUUACAGUGGUUGAUACAGUUUUACAGUUUUGGGAAAUGAUCAUUUAACUGAAUUCCAUCUGUAAGGUUAAAAGGGGCACUCUAGCCAUAUCCCCAGAGUUGGGAGGCUGGCAAGAGACUCAAAAAAACAGUCUAAAUCAAGGCAGCAGAGGCUGAGAUAUGUACCUUUUAGUUGCUAGUAUGACUGAAGGUCCAAAAAAAUGUUGGUUCCUACAUUUCCCAUCAUGCAACUCAACAGCAUCUGUCAGUAUACUUUCACAAUAAAAAAAAAAUUAGCUUCAUGGCUAAAAUUUAAGGAGUGCCCCUUUAAUAAAAGGAACUGUCAGUUAUGCAUCUAUAGUGCCACAAGUUAAAGGCCUAAUUUGUUGGGAACAAUCCAUUUUUCAGUCUGUUACCAUCUUUCUUUUGCUGUGUGUGAUGAUGCUAACCUAGCAGGUCUUUAAAUCUGAACCUUAUUGUUUCUAUCAUACCAUGUGGCUGCAUUGAGAGUAAUAGAUACCAAUGAUGCCUUAUGAAUGAACUAACCUCGUAAACAUGUAACAAUGUUAUUGUGAUUCACAGAGUUCUGUCAGAAUAGUGAGAAAUCAUGUCAAUUUGAUUCUGCUCACAGACAUGGGGAGGCCGUUUUAAAUGGCAAAUCAAGAGCCAAUGGAAGCAGUUGAUACAGUGCAUCUGAAAAAAGAAAAAUAUCUGUUUUCAGACACAGUGUCUUGAAUUACAUAUACUUGACUUUUCUAAUACCUUUUCAGUUCAAAUUUAUUUUCUAUGAAUGAGAUGUCUAUUUUGGAACACUUAGAUGUUGAAAUUUUUAAAGCAAUCUGCAAAAACUCAAGAGUUAUCUCCCUGACAAAGAGACUAUUUAUGUAUAUAUUUGAUGGCCAUCAUUUUCAAGGAUAGUAGCUCUUUUGAAGUGUUAUGCAAUAUUGAAGCUUUUUGUGUGAAGAAGGGCCUAUUGUUGAGAAACAAAGCUGGGAGUUUUUUUUUUCUUUUUUAUGUUUUACAAAAAUCUGAUGGGUUAUCCUGCAGAAAUAUUUAUGGAAAGAUUUUUUACAUCACUUUUUGUAUAGAAUAUGCAACAAAGUUAUACCAAGAAGGAAAUAUUGAUGUCUACAUGGAAUAUUAUUAAAAAGCUGGUACAUAAUUAAUACCCGUUUGCAAUUAUAAGCCAUUGUAUUUUUGUCUUUUGUUUUAUGAUGUUAUCAGUGUUGAAUAACCCACAAUGUUAUUCUGUUGCUAUUCGUAACUAAUGAUGAGCUUCCAUUUACAUACAGUUGCAUGUAUUCAUUUUGUAAACAGUACCUAUUAUAUUAUGAUGUUACAUUGUGUUAACAUGCAGAAAUCUUUUUCUUAAUUAGUGACAGAUACUCACCACUGUAUAAGCACAUUAAACUGUGAGAUGUAGUUUGCUUAAAGCAGCAAUGACAAGAAACUAUUAUAAAAUGUUAGUGUUAGUAGUUUAUGGAGUGUAUAGUUUUGUUAAGAAAGCGUGCGUGACAAAGAACUAUUUUAGAGUUUGCAUGUGCAUGUGUUUGGUUUUGAAUGAAAUAUUACGUUGUGCAAUGCAUACUUAUUUAAAUACUUUACAGUAGUUUGUUACAGUACAUAUUGUUUUUAACUUCUGAUUGUUACUGAAGUAUUUCAUUUACCGCUAGCGUAGCCUCUACAAAUAAUACUUAUUUACCGAAUGUAAUGUGUUAACACUUAUGUGGUCAACUUGGAAAAUUAUGUUUGUACUCUUUAGUGUCUGUAUUGCAAUAAUGUAAUAUUUGAAGUGGACAGAACACAGAUGUGAGGUCAGGAAGAUGAUGAUUUUGGGAAACAAGGAUAAGGAUGGUUUCGACAGUAAACCACAGGUCUGUUUUUCAUGUCCAUGAAAUGGCAUUCCAAAAUGUGCCUUAUUUGUUAGUUGGGAAAACAUUUUAGUGCUUUAGAGCUGUUGAGAGUUUGA